AUGUGUUUCUCUUUCUUAUUCAACCAGAAGAAGAUUGAAGACAUAAAAGCAAAACAAGCGGAAACAGCAGAAAAUCUGACCCGGCUUCAGUUCAGGAUGGAGCAAUUGAUUUAUUGUCAAGAUCAGAUUCACAGCGUGGCUCUGAACAGAGUCUGAGAAGAGAUCUUUAACCCAGUGGGAACGCCUCCACAGAAUCUUCAGUCGAAAUCGCCCCUUUUAAAUGAUCCGCCUUCAUUUUCCUCCACUGUGGAAAUUUGGGUCCACCUGAAUGUGUGUUUCUCGGAAACCGGCAAACGUCUCGCCAACCUGAUCCCAUUCAUAAUUCAGUAUUUUAUGCUCCAAGAGAAUGGUGAUUACUUACAGAAAGCCACGAUGCAGAUACUACAGGAAAAACAGUACUAUUCCUGGCUGCUUCAAGAACAGAGUGACACGACAGCCAAGAGGAGAUUCCUUAGGGAGAAAAGUUACCGGCUGGCUCAGGCACGGCGCGCUCUCUACGAAUUCCCCCAGUUAAAGUGGUAAAUCCCAAAAGAACACCAGUGCUGCUGGGUUUUGCUAUGCGCGUGACUGUAAGGGAGUUGGUACAGGAAGUGGUGUCUCAUUUGGGGCCAGACUUUUCUGUUGCUGUCUGUGUCCAUCUUCACUGUGCUGCACUCAGCACCAGAGUUUAUAUCUGAAGUCCCGCGACCCACAGAGCUGUCACCUCCACCGGGAGGUCUUCCUUGUCCUCUGUAAAGAGGGGGCUCUCCAGCCCUUGGGCCCCAGAGCCCCCAGUUACAGCAUUCUUAAAUACUGCUGGCAUUCUUUGUUAAUUUUUCACCCCUCUGCAUUAGACUAUGAGACCUCAGAAAGGUAAGGUCAGUUCAUAUUCUUUUGUAUUUCCAGAAUCUCGCAUGGUGCCUGGAGCAUAGUAGCCACUUAAUAAAUAUCUCAUUGAACCAAUGAAUGAUGGAGAUUACCUGAGGCUAUGGCUUAAAUCCAGACUUUGGUUGUUUGGAAUGGUGUCCCUUAGCUGGUCACUUUCUGACAAAUUCAGUCAUGCCAUGCCACCUGCUUCCCAUCAUUUGCUGUGAUGGUGUUUCCCAGUCCCCUGGGAGACAAGAGGCUGAGUGAUAUUAUUUUUAAUUUGCAGUGAACUCCAUUGCUGUGUUAAGUCUUAAAGAGAAAUUUAAUAAGGAAAAACAUUUUUUUAAAAAGCAUAGAGCUUCACACCAGUGGUCAUCUCUAGAUUGGAGGAUUAUGGUUAAUUUUAUUUUCUUCUUUGAACUAAGCUAAUGACCUCACAGGAAUUUUAGGAAGGUUAAGUGAAACCAUUUCUACAAACUAUGUGUCCCAAAGCAGGUGUUCAAAAAUGCCAGCAAUUUUUCCCUCCAACAAAGACCACUUUUUUUCUUUACCUCUAGGUCUGUCAAGAAGCCCUCAAUUCUAAAGCUCUUCCAGCCAGUUCUUAUGUUUAGUUCUUUGAUACUUUUUGACAAUUUUUGUAUAUGGUGUUAGGUAAGAGUCCUUUGGCGUAUGCAUAUCCAGUUUGCCCAGCACCAUUUUUUGAAACGACUGCUCUUUCUCUAUUGAUCUUGGCACUCUUGUCAAAAUCAUUUGAGCAUAUAUGCAAGGACUUGUUUCUGGGCUCUGUUCUAUUGCAUUGGUCUAUAUGACUGUCUUUAUGACAUUACCACACUGUUUUGAUAAUUGUAGAUUUGUCGUAAGUUUUGAAAUCAGGAAGUGUGAGUCCUCCAGCUUUGUUCUUUUUUUCUUUUUUUUUUUUUUUUGGCUAUUCAGGGUCUCUUGAAAUUCCAUAUGAAUUUUAGGAUGAGUUUUUCUAUCUUUGCAAAAAAAUGUCAUUGGAAUUUUGAUAGAAAUUGCACUGAAUCCAUAGAUAGCUUUGGGUAGUAUUUGCAUCUUACAGUAUUGUCUUUCAAUCCAUGAACAUAGGAUGUCUUUCCAUUUAUUUGUGUCUACUGUAAUUUCUUUAAGCAAUAUUUUGUAGUUUUCAGUGUACAAGUCUUUCAAUUCCUUAGUUAGUUACCAAGUAUUUUGUUCUUUUUGAUGCUAUUGUAAAUGAAAUUGCUUUCUUAAUUUCCUUUUCAGAUUGUUUAUCAUUAGUUUACAUAAAUGCAACUCAUUUUUAUGUGUUGAUUUUAUAUCUUGCUACUUUGUUGAAUUCAUUACUAGUUAUAAGAGUUUUGUGGACUAUUUAUGGUUUUCUACAUAUAAGGUCAUAUCAUCUGUGAACAGAGAUUAUUUCACUCCUUCAUUUUUGACUUGGAUGCCUUUUAUUUCUGUAUCUUGCCUAACUUCUCUGGCUAGAACUUCCAAUACUAUGUUGAAUAAAAGCGGCAAAAGUGGGAAUCCUUGUCUCACAAAGUUACUCUGAUUUUAAAGAACUUUUGUAAUAUUGAACCUAAAGAUUAUGAGAAGAAAAUUUAAAAGACAAAACACUGGUUUCACUUUAGGUAUCAUACUUUUUUUCUUUUUGGCUUUUCCCCCUCAUUUUAUCAAUUGGGUCACAUGUACAAAUAGUAGCAGAGCUGAAGAAAAGAAUCAAAUUUCUUCGUAUAAUAAACGCUGUU